GGCCGCAGACAGCUACGAUCGGGCAGCUUGGCUUGGCCGGCCGAAGCGGAGGGGACUCAGUGCUCUCUUUCGCUACGUAGGCAACUACGGCCCAAUGGCUGUGCCCGCCUCUCCCGCCAUCUUUCUCCUCGCCGCAGCCAAGAUGCGCGCCAUCUGUGCACCGCCGCUGGCGGACCCCGACGAUCCGCGCACGCGCGCCCCGCCGCCGUUUGCAAGAGAUGCGACCGGGCUCUUCGGCGACCUUCCUCCUCGCUUCCCCGUGCUCUUGUUCAGUCACGGACUGGCGGGCAAUCGACUUGCGUACUCCCAGUUCUGCGGCGAACUUGCGAGCCAUGGCAUCGUCGUUGCUGCACUCGACCAUCGCGACGGGAGUGGACUCGCAAGUGCAGUGCGCGUACCGAUGAGGGAGCCGAAAGCAGACUCGAGCGAGGAGAGCAGAGGCGAAGCAGGCUCUUCUCGCACGGCAGAGCAAGCUGCGUCUCAACGAAGCAAAGGCGAGGCGAGCAUGGGUCCUCAGGAGGCAUGUGCACAGCCGCAAGCCUUCGAGCAGAAGCAUCACGGCGCACAAGCGCAGCAACUGCAUGAGAACAGCGGGCGGCCACAGUUGACCAAAGGCGACGUGCCCUACCUGACCUUCGAGCGUCUCGGCAUGCGUUCCUUCGCGCCCGAUCCGAGGCCGGAGGAAGUGGCGAUGCGCCAAGCCCAACUUGCGAUGCGCGGCGCAGAGAUCGAUGAGUGCCUGCAUGUCCUGCGACGCAUCGCAGGCGGAGAAGGAGAGCAAGUGGCGAGGGAAAGCACCAGGGGCUUGGCGAACAAGCUCAGCAGUGGAGCGGCGAAGAGGGAGAGGAGGAGAAGGAGAGGCGACGCGCCGCGAGGACCCGAGGCAAGUCUGGAGGGCGCGCCGGAGCGGCUGGCAGAGUGGAGAGACAAGCUCGACGUGGACAAGCCGGCACUGGUGGGCCACUCCUUUGGCGGCGCCACGGUGCUGGAGAAGGCUCGGCAGAGCAGUCAGGAAGCAGAACAGCCCUGGUUGCUCAUCAUGGCGCUAGACCCCUGGGUGGAGCCACUCGUCGAAGAUGAUCGACCACCAAACGUCACUCCAACGUAUGUGUUGAACACCGAGGCAUUCUCGGUGUGGCAGGAGAGCUUUACGAAGUUGAAACGGGUGCUGCAUCAAGCGAGAGAGGCGAACGGAGAGCACAGAGGUUGGCUGAUGACCGUGUGCGCCACGAACCAUCUCGAUGUGUCCGACUAUCCGUUCCUCUUGCCCCAUGUCUUUCGCUCCACAGUCGGACCAGAAGCAGCGGUGCGCCUCUUCAGCCGAGCCUGCCUGGUUCAGACUGGCCUGAGUCGACAACGCUUCCGCGAGCGUGCCGGUGCGCCGGGCGCCAAGUUUGAGGAGGGCGAGGGCGACCCGCUCAUGGGAGGUGGAGUGAAGCGUGCGAGAGAGGUGGGCACGCAGGCCAUGGCCAGUCUCACGGACGUGGGCAGUCGACCGGCCGAGGCAGAUGCCAAGGGCGCCAGCGAAGACUGGGAGCGUUCUCGUGUCCGCGCGCAGAGGCAGGAAGCUUCGUCCAGUAGCGACGCCCCGAGCAGCGACGCCUGCACGCCGCAAGCUCGUCCAGCGCACGACGACAGCAGCAGCACUCCGCGCUUGGGCAGCGCAGCAGCUCCAGACACCUCGACGCCGCAGUCGCACACGUCGACGACGGGCAGUGGCAAGGCCAAGAAGCAUCAUGAGCUACUCGAGCGUCUGAUGCACGGGCACGGCGACGAGGAACAGAAGCGCAAGGUGCGAGGCGUGAUCGCGAAGCGCAGCAACUCGGGUAACAACUUGCUCGGAGUGCCUCGCACGAGUGCAGACCUCGUCGACUGGAGCUCCGACGCUUCGCAGGUGCAAGAUGCGGAUCGCGACGCCGACGAAGUGCACCGCACCCUCGAGGACAUCUCGAGGCGCCUGGCGUACAAGCGUCCCAAGAUCCACUCGCUCCUCGCGCUCCUCUUCCGCUUGAAGGGCGUCAGACCUGGCCUGGAUACUCCUGGAAGCGUGCUGGUCCACUCGCUCUCCUGAGCCAUGCAGUCGCCUGCGAGAGAGCCUCAUGUAUUGCGGGGCGUGAGGCGAAUGUCGAACCGAUGCUCUACUGUUACAUGAAUGCGUGCGU